AUGUCCCCUCCAGACAUCCCCACCGAUGUCAUCUACGAAAUCCUGCUCCAAUACGGCGUCCGAAACCUUUCUUUUCUGUGGCUAAACUGUAGACCAGUCUCGCGCAAUUUCAAAGACGCCGUCGAACGUGUGUUUGUCACCAAGCAUCUGAGAAAGACUUGGCUUCGCGUCGAUACUGGCGAACAUGACGCGGGUGUAGUAGAAUUGCAGUUUUAUAGCCUCGAUCCCGAUGACUCUUCUCGUGCGAUAUUUGAAUCGUAUGAAUGUCAAGAGAGUUUAGAAUGGGCACUGAGGCACGCUUCGUCCCUCGAGCACCCGAAUGUGAUUAUCCAGGUCCGGCACGCCGCCAAUGAUACGAUGCUACCAGAUCUUCGGUAUCACUUUGACCCAGCCGAGGACGUCGAGUUCGAGGUCAGCUUCGACUGGAAGGGGAUGUACAGUCAUUUCUUCCGAGAGCGGGAGGAGGUACAGAGGAGGCUCGAUGAACGCUACCGAAGCGUCAGCGCUGAGGCGGCGCGUGGCUCUUUUUUGAGCGCUUUCACCAGCUUCCGCCGCAUGGCUCUUGGCGUAGAUUAUAGCAGAAUCAGCCGUGCCGUGCGUGCGGAGAGGACUAGGCGAAACGUACUGGAGAGCGAGGGUAGGGAAGUGUCUGGGGAUGAUCGUUUGGGGUUCGAAAAACUGGAGAGAAAAAAGGACUUGGUUGCGAUGGAAGACCCUUAUAGUGAUGAGGGUGGUGCAGGUGAAGAUGAGGAUGGGGUGGACGGAGAGGAGGAUGAGGAUGAGGACAGUGAGGCUGACGAGUCUUUAGAGGAAGACGAUGAGGAUGAGAAUGGUGAUGACUGUGACUCCAAUGAUUUCGAUUAAUGCUUGAACAAGGACGCUACCGCUAGAUGCUCUGUAUACUGCUAUUAUGGCUUCAAAGUAAUAUGUUAUUUCAUCCUCAUUUCUUAGGCUAGAAGGAAGUCAUAUUAUGCUGAGAAGGCACGCUAUACUAGACGCGAAAGCAGAGACUCAUCAUGCAAAAUGACAAUCCCCACCCAGGACUCGAACCUGGUGCGCCAUGCAUGUACAUACUUGGUCAUGGGUUUAACGUUUCGGCUGAGGUCAAAAAAGCAUAGGAUCCUCUCUUUCAAAAUCAAACCACCUCCACAGGACUCGAACCUGGCGCAUCCAUCUA